AUGAAUGAUGGCACGCUGACUUGUACUCCGCCAUCUAUAGUGGAAGCAAAGCUAGCGCAACGCGGAGAUGGAUUGGACUCGGAAGAUGAGUCGUCAUCCGAAGAGGAAGACGAAGAUGGAGAGCUGGCAACUGCCGCGCUUGACCAAGAGAUUAUGGCAACCCUGAAAGCGAUUCGAUCAAAGGACCCCCGAGUUUACGACAAGGACGUCCAAUUCUACGCUGAAGAAGAUGCAAAUGCUAAGCCAGAGGAUGGGGAGAAGAAGAAAGAGAAACCAAUGACCCUUCGAGAUUACCACCGGGAGAACCUGUUGAGUGGCAAUCUCCUACCAGAGGAUGACACCUCCGAUGCGCCUAAGUCAUAUGCCCAGGAGCAAGCAGACCUGAAGAAAUCGAUUGUCCAGCAAAUGCACGCCGCGGCCGACGAUGAAGAUCACUCUUCUAAUGACGCAGAGGAUGAAGACCUCCUCGUGCGGAAGUCAGUACAGGAGCCAGCCCCCGAAUCCAAGAAAACCAACAAGCUCGACCUUGAGAACGCGGACAAAGACCCGGAAACCUUCUUGUCAAAUUUCCUUUCUGCAAGGGCUUGGAUACCGGCUGACAGAACAAACCUGCAACCUUUCGAAUCGGACGACGAGGAGGAAGAUGCGCGGGCGGAGGCUUUCGAGGAGGCAUACAAUUUCCGCUUCGAGGACCCUAGCAAGAUCAAUACCCAGCUGAUCACUCACUCUCGUGACGCAACCAACCAACAAUCCGUUCGUCGGGAUGAUAAGAGUGGCAGAAAGAAGAUCAGAGAUGCUGAACGCCAAAGAAAGGAGGAGGAGAAGAAACAGCGGGAGACCGAAAAGAACCGGUUGCGCAAACUCAAAACAGAAGAACUCCAAGAAAAGGUCAACAAGGUCAAGGAGGUAGCAGGGCUUCGCGCAUCUCAAUUUACCGACGAGGACUGGGCUAAGUUCUUGGAUGGCGCUUGGGAUGACAAGGAUUGGGAGAAGGAAAUGCAGAAGAACUUCGGCGAAGAAUACUACGCGGAGGGCGACGACGGCGAGGGCAAGAAAAAACACCCCAAGAAGCCGACAUGGGAUGAUGAUAUCGACAUCACUGAUCUUGUCCCUGAUUUCGAAGACGACGAAGGAAACCCCGCAUCGGAUGCUGAGAUGGAGGAUGCCGACGACGCCGGCGAAGGCGCUUCCAAGAGCAAGAAGAGCAAAGCACAGGAGAAAAGGGAUCAGAAGCGUGAGGCUCGCAAGGAUCGGCUUCGUAUCGAUGAGGCUGUCGACCGCAAUUUGGACCUUGACGUGGCCCUUCUUCCGGGUGCAAGCAAGAAGAACACUGGACAUUUCCGCUAUAGAGAAACAUCUCCCCAGAGCUUCGGAUUGACGGCACGGGACAUCCUGAUGGCUGACGACACCCAACUCAAUCAGUUCGCCGGUCUGAAGAAGCUUGCAUCAUUCCGCGACGAAGAAAAGAAGAGCAAGGACCAGAGGAAACUGGGCAAGAAGGCUCGAUUGAGGCAAUGGCGCAAGGAUACCUUUGGUAACGAAGAUGGGCCCGAGUUCUCCUUCGGUGGUGAGAAGGUCGCCGAGAAAGACGAUGCCGCCGAUGGCGACAACGUUGAUAUCCGCGAAGGGAAACCACGAAAGAAGAAGAGAAAGAGGUCCAAGAAGAACUAA